CACCUCUCUCUCUCUCUCUCUCUCUCUCUGUGUGUAUAAAUAUCUCUCUCUCUCACACACACACGCACAAUUUAGGAUACACUAAAAUACACGACAACACAAUGUCACCGGGCAAAUUUUCCGAUGGCUCGAGCGAACACUCAUCGUUGAAGGCCGACGUCGAUCAAUCUUCCGGCGAAAUGCCCGAAGCUGAUAUUCAAAUCGUCACCUCCGGCGGACUUCGCAUCCCGGCUCACGCUAGCAUCCUGGCCUCAUCGUCGCCGGUACUGGAGAGCAUCAUAGAUCGGCCCGCGAAGCACCGGAGCUCUGAGAAGACCAUUCCAAUUCUCGGCGUUCCUUGCGAUGCCGUUGCCGUGUUCGUUCGUUAUAUCUACUCCUCCAAGUGCACGGAGGAGGAGAUGGAGAAGUAUGGGAUUCAUCUGCUGGUUCUGUCCCAUGUGUUCUUGGUAGCUCCUCUGAAGCAGAGGUGCACCAAAGGGUUGGCUGAACGGCUGAUGAUGGAGAAUGUGGUGGACGUGCUUCAACUCGCCAGGCUCUGCGACGCUCCUGAUCUUUACCUCAAGUGCAUGAAGAUGCUCUCUAACAAUUUCAAGGCCGUCGAGAAAACAGAAGGUUGGAAGUUCCUGCAAAAGCACGACCCUCGGCUUGAACUGGAGAUCCUACAGUUCAUGGAUGAAAAUGAAUCGAGGAAGAAGAGAACGAGAAGGCACAGAGAGGAACAGAGCUUGUAUCUCGAGUUAAGUGAAGCUAUGGAGUGUUUAGAGCACAUAUGUAGUGAUGGGUGCACAAGUGUUGGACCAUAUGACAAGGAGCCAAAGAAGAACAAGGAGCCAUGUAGCAAGUUCUCCACGUGUCAAGGUCUCCAGCUUCUGAUUCGCCAUUUCGCCACGUGUAAGAAGAGGGUUAACGGAGGGUGCUCGAGAUGCAAGCGAUUGUGGCAGCUCCUCCGACUACAUUCUUCAAUCUGCGACCAGCCUGAUCUCUGCAGAGUUCCUCUUUGCAGACAAUUCAAAUUGAAAGUGCAACAAGAGAAGAAGAAAGGCGAUGAUGCAAGGUGGAGGUUACUGGUUAGGAAGGUGGUGUCGGCGAAGGCCAUAUCUUCAUUGUCUCUGCCCAAGAGGAAGAGAGAGGAGGAAACAAGAGAGACCACAAAUCAUCAUGGGAUUAGAAGCUUUCAAUUAUGAAAAACAACAGUGAUUGAUGAUGCUGAUAAGAUUGAUUAUAUAUAUAUUUAUUAUUAUUUCAUUUUUAGUUACUGAAAAUUUGUGAGGUGUUUCAUUGUAA